CUCUUUCAUCUUAGUAUUUCGCGUCCAAUUCCAUCUCACCUAGAUGCUUUCCGGUAACUGAAACCAUCACCUUACUCUCCUAACCUGGAUGAAGCCGAGCUUACUGCAGACUGCUGUGCGUCCUAGGUCUCGACAGCGCCAGCAUCGUAGCCAGGAGCAUUCACAUGACACAUGGGCCACAAACGAAGCCAAGUGGACCAAGCCUCCUUUUCAAGUGAAUCACGGGAUAUGCUCAUUGAGUCCUUAACCAUGGUAGCGUGGUACGUGUAUGCAGUCAGCGUCGCUUCGCUCUCCGCGGAAUACCCGCGGAAUCUUGGCAUGUCCCUCAAGACAAGUUUCCUAAGGAUCCAAGUGAUUCAUAACUAUCUACUGGAAAAUCCUGUCAAUAUUUCUAUUUUUGCAGUUCUAUCGUGGUUCUCUAUCGAUCGCAUCCAUCUACCGGAUUACUAUGCCCGCUUCUGGCAAACGAGAGCGAUCCAGUCGCAAGGGACAAUACUCAUGUAACUUCUGCCGUUCGCGCAAGCUUCGUUGCGAUCGGCCACUACCAUGUACAAGUUGCAGGUCUAGAGGAAAGGUAUGCACGUUCGAUCCUACUCCCGCGGCACUCAACACCCAAGACCCUCAUACACCAGCUUCAGUCGCGGUUACGCCCAAAUAUCAACCAUUAGAGCGGACUGUGAAGACGACUUCACCUGCACCAGAGGAGUCUGAACUUCUUCAUGAGAUACGUGUGCUUCAAACUCGUGCGAAUGAGUUAGAGAAGCAUAUCGUGAGGAGCACUGUCCCCGUCCAGCAUUUAGGCCACAGUGACAGCGAGACCUUCUUGUCACAGUCCAGUCUGAACCUUGCGGAAGAAUACUCCAAAAUCACCGGACAGUCCGAGAUCUACAGGGUAAAAAACAUAGUCGACCAUCUCGAGUCUGUCUCGAUGGGGCAAAGCUCUCUCGAAUCUUUCUUUACAGAUGAGUUGGACUUCAAAAUUGGAAAGCUUCGAUCGAUACCACAAGCACCCGCUUUCACAAUACAAAAUGGAAGGCUAGUGCCGUGUAUAUGGCUGCCACUACGGGAAGAGGUCAUGAAGCUGCUCGAUUACUACGUCACAGAGCUCAACUACAUUCAGCACGUCACGCAUUAUCCCUCGCUAGCAGCUACAUUUAACGAAGUGUACGACCAGAUCGAAAGUUUUGAACUUGUUCAGUCUGGCAAGGUUGUUCUUCUGCUUGGUAUCAUCGCUCAUACGACGCAUGUUUGGACCGCGCCGAAGAACUUGGAAAGCGAGCUCCCCUUGUUUCUAUCUUCGUCGCAAGCCCGUUCUCAAACAUCCGUUUGGAUCAAAGCCACAUAUACAGCACUGAAUGCUAGCCAAGAAAGCAGUGCAUUAGUGUUAGAGACCAUACAAGGCAUCGCCAUCUUGUCAUACGUUAUCUGCAAUAUGGAGGGUGUUUCAUUACGAUAUCGGUGCUUGAUAUCGACUGGUUUGUUACUUGGCCGUGAACUGGGUCUCCAUCGAACCGACCAUGAAUCCAAUAUUACUACGGCAGGAACGCUCAAAGCUGAGAUUGGUCGUCGUGUUUGGUGGUAUCUGACUUCUACAGAUUGGCUACUUGCAGCAAGAUACGGUGGAUCUGGCGAAAACGUAUACCAGUCUAACCCGCUGCAUAUGCACGUGAAUAAGCCACUGAACACCAACGACGUUGACUUAUCUACCGAUGAGCCCCAGCAAUCCCGACCAUUAUCACAACAGACAGAUAUGUCGUACUUCCUUCAGCGCAUCCGUCUAUCAGAAAUCUCACGUAACAUUGUCGAUCAAAUCAACUCCGACCCAUCCAAUCGCCGCGCUAACAUUAUGGCAAUGGAUCGCCAGCUCGUCGAAAUGAUGAAUGAAGUUCCUGCAUUUUUGCUGCUGAACGGUUACCAGGACACCAACGGCUGUACAAACUCGAACCACUCGUUCGUCCAAGCCUAUUUCCUCAACACUCUUCUCCACACCCAACGCUGCAAACUUCAUCUAGCAACUCUCACGCGCACAUCCACCAUGGAUCCAACAUACACGUCCUCUCAUGCCGCAUGUCUCCAAUCAGCGCGUCAGUUACUUCAUAUCGAGACAACACUUCUACGUUCUCAAAACCCCUUCGCGCGCCGCCCCCAGCGACCUCCAGCCGGUCUGUACAGUAUCUUCGUUGCCACUAUCACUCUACUUAUGGAUGUUUGUCUCAACAAGCCAAGUGAAAUACCAGCCGUACUUCAAGCAGGUGACCUAGUGGAAGGCCUACAGAUGAUAGCAGAUGCAAGGGAAGAUUCACUGGCAGCGGCGAAACUAUACGAGUCAUUCAUGCAGAUCCUGGGGAGAUAUGCAGAUACUCAACACCCAGCAGAGCACAACUUGAGUGCGACAGACAUUCACGCUACUGCAGGGACACUCUCGGGUUUACCGUCGGAUGCUUUGCGAGAACAGCAGUCGUAUUCUUCGCAGAUAAACGACGCAAUACAUCUCGACCUGGUUGAAUGGGAUGAUCUGUUCUCCAGCGUUUCUUCAUCCCCGUUCUUUUGAGUUGGAACAGAGAACACGACGUCAAAAGGAGCUGCAAAGAGUGAGCAUUUUUACCACUUCAGGCCCUACAGUUCUAUUCUGGAAUUGGUCAAAUCUCGUUAGAUAUCAUCAAAUGCCGUACUCAACCUUCAGUAUCGAUACGGUCUUCUUAGACGCCACAUUAUGCCAACCACCACACAUAUCUGAGGAUUAGGCAAUCAACGUGGCCCCACCUGCCACCACUUCACUUUGCUCUAUCAAAGUAGAAAUUUGUUUCGUCCAUAUCAGCA